AUGUGUCGUAAACCAAGAAUACUACCAGUUAUAUUUCAUAAUCUUCAAGGUUAUGAUGCUCACUUAUUUAUAAAACAAAUUGCUAGAUUAGAAGGAGAUUUAAAUUGUAUUCCAUCUACGGAAGAAAAAUAUAUUUCUUUUUCAAAAAGUAUUAAAGUUGGAGAGUAUUAUUGUUCAAAACUUGGAAAAAUGCGCCCAAUAAAUUUUGAAAUACGAUUUUUAGAUUCAUUCAAGUUUCUUCAAACAUCACUUGCCAAUCUUGUUUCAAAUUUAUCAAAAGAAGAUUUUCAUAACACAAAACAUAUAUUCAAGAAAAAUGUAGAUCUACUAACUCGUAAGGGAGUUUAUCCUUAUGAUUAUGUUUCAUCACUUGAUAAAUUAUCAGAAACACAACUUCCACCCAAAGAGGAAUUUUACUCCCAACUUUAUGAUGAAGAUAUUAGUUAUGAUGAUUACCAACAUGCAAUAAAUGUUUGGAAUACUUUUGAAUGUAAAACAAUAAGAGAUUAUCACAAUCUUUAUCUUAAAUCUGAUGUUUUACUGUUAGCAGAUGUAUUUGAAAACUUUAGGAAAACUUGUCUCAAACAUUACAACCUAGAUCCAGUUCACUGUUACACUUCCCCAGGACUAGCUUGGGAUGCAUGUCUAAAAGAAACAGGUCAGCAUUUACAGUUAUUACAUGAUUAUGAUAUGUUAAUGAUGUUUGAACGUGGUAUACGUGGUGGAAUAACACACAUAUCAAAAAGAUAUGCUGAAGCGAAUAACAAAUAUAUGAAAGAUUACAAUCCUAAUAAGGAGUCAACAUUUAUUCAAUAUUUAGACGCAAACAAUCUAUACGGUUGGGCGAUGUCUCAAAAUCUUCCAACACAUGGAUUUAAAUGGAUGAAAAAUAUUACAGUAGAAAAGGUAAUGGAUAUUCUUGAGAAAGCAAAUCAUAGUAUGUCAAAUCUUGGGGAAAAAGGAUUUAUAUUUGAAGUUGAUUUAGAGUAUCCUCCUCACCUAUGGGAAACACAUAAUGACUAUCCUCUUGCACCUGAGAAGAUGAUUAUUAAUGGUGUUGAAAAACUAAUUUGUCAUUUUAAACCCCGAAAAAAUUAUGUUGUGCAUUAUCGAAAUCUUAGACAGUAUCUUGAGUUGGGUAUGAGGCUUACUGUUGUUCAUAGAGGAAUAUCAUUUUACCAAUCUUCUUGGAUGGAACCAUAUAUAAGAAAAAAUACAGAACUUCGAAAAGUAGCAGCUAACAGUUUUGAGAAAGACUUUUUUAAAUUAAUGAAUAACUCAGUAUUUGGAAAGACAAUUGAAAACAUAAGGAAGAGACAAAAUAUAGAACUUGUUGAUAAUCGUAAAAAAGCUGUCAAGCUAACAAGUAAACCCAACUUUGAUAGAGUGACAAUAUUUGAUCGCAAUCUUAUAGCGGUACAUAUGAAGCGAACAGAAGUGUAUUUUAACAAACCAGUCUAUGUUGGACAGGCAAUUCUAGAUUUAUCAAAAACACUAAUGUAUAAUUUUAAUUAUAACUAUAUUAAAGAGAAAUAUGGAAACAAUGCAGAA